AUGGGGAUCGGCAGGUUCUACCGGUGGCUUAGUGAGCGCUACCCGCUCAUCAACGAAAAAAUCACGCAAGCGUCGUUGCCGGAAUUCGACAACCUCUACCUCGAUAUGAACGGCAUUCUGCACACGUGCUCCCAUGGAAACUCAGGGGGAAUGCUGCAUGAGAGUGAAGACGCGAUGUGGGUUGACGUUUUUGCCGCUCUCGACCUCAUCAUCUCCACUGUCAAUCCGAAGAAAUUUCUGGUCUUGGCAGCAGAUGGUGUUGCGCCUCGUGCAAAGAUGAAUCAACAGCGUGCGCGCCGCUACCGCGCGGCGAAGGACGCCGCGGAGCUGGCUCGGCAAAAGGAGGAGCAUCGCCUGCUGAAGAUGCAGCGCAAACAGGACAAGAGUGCCCCGCAGUCGCCUCCGUCGGGAGGACACUUUGAUUCCAACUGCAUUUCUCCGGGAACGGAGUUCAUGGCCAAGUUCUUCCGUCAUCUGCGCUUCUUCUGCGAAAAAAAAUUGAACGAAGAUGCGCGGUGGAAGCAUCUCAAAGUUGUGCUUUCUGGCCCGGACGUCCCCGGAGAAGGCGAACACAAAAUCAUGCAAUUCAUACGGUGCUCGAAAUCGGAUCCCCACAGCGGGCGAAAUGUUCGCCACUGCCUCUACGGCUUGGAUGCUGAUCUUAUUAUGCUUUCACUGGCGUCGCACGAGCCGCACUUUUGUCUUCUUCGAGAGGAAGUGGUUUUCGGAAAAGCUGUCACGAAGGGUCCGCAAGACCGACUGCUGACGAAGCGCGAGAAUCUUCAGCUUCUCCACAUUUCCCUCCUGCGAGAGUACCUCUUUCUGGAGUUUGCCGCUGUCGCUCUCCGCGCGGCGCCUGCUUUGAAAUCGAGCUCAAACGAGAAAGAGCAGCCUUCGCGGGCGGACGGCGCCGCGCCCGCAGAGAUCGUCUUCGACGCGAGCCUGGGCAGUCCGAGUCUCCGCCCUUCUCUUCUCUAUCCGCGAGAACGCGAACGCAUCAUCGACGACUACGUGCUCUUCUGCUUCAUGGUUGGAAACGACUUUCUACCACACCCAAAGGCCACAGACAUCGCCGACGGCGGCCUCGAUCUCCUCAUGACCUGCUACAAGGAGUACCUGCAAGGGUACGCCGUCCUCGCCGAGCAGGCGCCGAGCCCCGCAGGGCCCUGGCUGUCGACGGGGUGCGGCCAGAUCGAUUUCUGCAACUUUUUCCUUUUUCUUUCCCUCUUCGUCGACACUGUCGAAACGGAUCUUCUCCAGGAGUGGGCCGCGGACAGCCAGUGGAUCCAGUCGAAGCGCAGAAACGCGAGAGAGGCGCACGCAGAGAGCAAACCGCCUCCGUCGGGGGACGCGCUUCUCGCGUACAGACAGGCUUUUUACCUCAAGAAGAUGGGCAUGGAUGGGCACACACCGGAAGGCAGAAAACAGAUUGACCGCCUCGCUGUCGACUAUCUCGAAGGCCUCCAGUGGGUUCUUUACUACUACUUCAGAGGACCGCACUACAGUGGAUGGGACUGGUUCUAUCCCCACCACUACGCGCCGUUCAUGACCGACGUGCUGUGUUGUUCCUUCUUCACCGAGGGCGUGAAAGACCUCGCCGACUUGCGACGGAAGGAAAUCCGAUUCCCCGCCAGCAAACCCUACGCACCUUUCAUGCAGCUUCUUUCGAUUCUCCCGCCCAAGAGUGCGUCUCUGUUGCCCAAAGCCCUGCGGCAAAUUCUGCUGUCUCCGUCGCUGGAACUGUUGCCGUACUUUCCAACGGAUUUCGAGGUGGACAUGGAAGGCUGCACGGUGCCAUGGGGAGGCGUGACGUUGCUGCCUUUCAUCGAGGAGAAGCUUCUGUACAAGGAGGCUCUUCCGCUCUUCUCCAAGUUGACGGGGGAGGAGGCGCGCCGCAACACGCGUGGGAAAAACGUUCUGCUGUACCGGGACCGUCAUUUGCGUUCCCGCACGCUGAGGCGGCUGGCCGUCGCUGCGCAGACUGCGGCGGACGAGGCGGAGGCUCUCGAGAGCUCUUCGGCGAUUCAGUGGUUCGGCGGAGAAGACGAGGAAGACCCCGUGAUGGCCUGUCGCUUCUUCUUCUUCCGCGAGCGCGUGGCAGAAGAAAAGGGACGGGCUCCGCCCCACAAAUCGCUGCUCGACGCGUCGCUCGCGCGUGCCGCCGCUUCGCUGGAGCCGCGGAAAGCGAUUUCGUCCCUGCCGUCUGUCUUCCCGAGUCUGAAACACUCCUGCGUGCGCGAGGAAGUGAUUGAGGUCUGCCCGCCUGCGAUGGUGGUCGAGAUGAGCGAGAAAGAGAGACAAAGAGAAGGCGGAGGCGUCUCCGACGGAAAGCUGCCAGGCGGAGUAGACGUCGAUGCAUGCAGAGGGCCCGCCCUUCCUCGGAACGCGUACGCCUUUCCAAACUUUGUCCUCACAGGAACCAAGCCUCUCCUCGCAGAAUUCCCUUCCCUUCACCGCCUCAACUUCGAAUGGGACUACUUCGUUGGGGUGAAAGUCUUCAACAGCGAAUCGAAGAAGAACUCAGUGCUGAUUCAAGUCGUGCCGCCCUACGCCGCUGCGGCUUCUGGUGCGUCGUUCUUCGCGCCUGUCCUCGCCAGGUCAGACGACUCCGACGGGCCUUCAGAAGCUGCGCAUGCAAAACUGACGCGGGCGGUAGAGCCCUUCGAUCCCGCGAAGCAUCUCCUCCCGUACCUGCGCGCGCCGCUGCUCCACUACGACUUUCCCUUUCUGCGUCUCGCAAAACCGGUUGCAGUGUGGUUGCCCAAUCUCUACUACGCGUUGCCUGCGCAGUCGCUCUGUCUCUCCUCCUUCUCGCCGGCUUUCCUGUUUUCUUCACCCUGUCCUGUCGGCGUCGAAGAGUCGACCCCGCCGCUCCAGCAGCAGGAAGCAGUCGCAGCGGAGACGCGUCGACUGAAGCGCAUCGGUCUGGACUUCCCCGCGAACGCCGCCUACGCGGCCUUGUCUGCUCGUGCCUCGCCGACCCAGCCGAAGAACGAAGUUUCCCUCCCUCUCGCCACGCAGUCGCUGUCUCCGUCGGCGUUAGCCCGCUUCGCGCUCUCGUCUGCCGAGGACUUUCUGCGUCUCGCGGAGUUGAUCACUUUUGCGCUUCCAGGGCAAAAGGCCGAAGUCGCGCGUCGAAGCGCACAUCCCGCCACGCUCCCGUCUUCCAUUCUGCUCGAGUUGAAUCCUGUCAGGGCUGUGGAGGUUUUUGCGGAUGCGCGCUCGCCUGCAGUUGUCUUCGAGGAGAAACCUGUCUUCCGUCUCCUUCCCCUCGUCUCCCUCCCCGUGCCUUUGCCGCGGUGUCUCCGCCCUCCGCUCGCGCCCGAGAGCGCACAGGCGGGGCGCGAGGAGACAGCCGGCGGAGACGCUCAAUGGAGAGAGGGGACGGAAGUUCUUGUCGUGGACCAGAGAGAAAGUAUGCUCGCGUGUUGUGGAGAGGUCGUGGCUGUUCUGCAGAGAAAUCACGCAGACCGCGGAAAAGAAGACAAAGUCAGCGUUCUCUUCUUCAGUCCGUGGGCCGCGCGAGACCGGAGACAGGACAACCAACAAAAACUCCAGUGGAACAUCGACCGCGUUAUUCGCCAGUGCCUGCCUCCGCCUCUGCACACCGUCCCGGAGGCCGCUGCGCUCCUGAAGAUGCCCCUGUCUGUCUUCUACGCCGUCGCCUCGUCCUUCUUCCUCAAGCUCGCCGAACGCCGAGAGGAUUGCGGCCUGCACAUCAUCGCUAGCACCAGACCAGAAAAGAUCGAAGGCGCCGACGGAACUGCGACGUUCGUCCCAAAUUCUUCAGAGCCUCUCUUCUCGCCAGGAUAUUCUUAUCCUCUCUCCAUGGGGCCUCGAAAGGAUGGUGACAACCCGCGCCGAGGCCCAGGCUCCAGGAUGUCUUCCCACCUUCUCACGCCAGCAGCCAUUCAAGCAGUGAGGGACGUCUUCACCGAAUAUCCUGCAGUCUACAAACGACUUUUCGAAGUCUGUAAGGAGCAGGGCGGAAGUUUCAAGACGCCGACGCUGACCGCGGCGAGUGUGUUUGCGUCGGAAGGCGGCGAUUUCCAGUUCACUGCCUCGAUGUUUGUUUCGGCGAUGGAGAGACACCCUUGUCGAAAGAACAAGCUGGUCAAGGGUAGCUACACUUGGAUGCCAAAAGACGUUCUCCCGUCUCUCGAAAGUGUCGUCGAUGCGUCCUUCGGCAAGAACUCUGGAGCCUCUUCGGGUUCUCCCUGGAAAGGCGGAGCGUCGAAGCCUCGGAAAUCUCGCGAAUCCCGCGACGCUGCGGCAGCAGAGACAUCCGAAAGGGGCGUUUUGCGAGAAAACGGGGUGGGAAGCCAAGAGGAUGUGGGGCCAAACCGAGAAAGAGACGACCUCCCGGUUCUCCAGAACUUUGAGCCUGCCAGUCUCCUGCCGGCUUCCUCCGCCGACGCACUCCGAAAGAAAAUUAUAGCAGGUUUCUUCUCGCUUGUCUCGACGGCCUCUCGGCCCUCGGGUGUCGUCGAAGGACGCUGGACCCUCCGCCUCUUUCUCGGGCAGCGCGUGGCGUACAUAACGCAGGCCGGGUGUAUCUACCAAGGCAGCCGCGGUACAGUCACCGGGUUGUGUUCGGUCGACGGUUCAAUUCCUUUCCGCAUCUCUGGAGACACCGCGUUUGAAACGACGCUCAGCGUGAAGGCUUCGCUCGGACGACGCGGCGCGAAAGGAGGGAAGGGCGGCGACGGCAGACCCGAAGCUUGGGCGUGGUGGGAUGAGGCAGAAAUCGCAGGCGCCCUACAGGGAAUUCUACAAGACAUCGUCGUGGAAGUUCUUCUCGAUCACGUGCAGCUCGGAGCCCAGAACAUGGACGGAAGGUGCGCGUCGCUUCGACUGAUUCGCGUGCCGUGCAUCGAGCUCUUUCCUCUCGUCAGCCGCCCGGCUUCGCCUUCUGGUUCAGCUGCGCCGUCUCGAGGCGCCGCUCGCCCGGAGACGGCGCCCGCGCGUCGAGCCGCGCCGGUAGGUUCGAACGCGUCUCCGCUGUUGCCGAGCGCGGGCCUCCGCGACCUCGCUCGUCCCGCAACUGCCCCCGACGCUCAACAGACGGAAUCGCAAGCGCAGGGUCGGGGUUUGCUUCCACAUCCUGUUGCGAACGGCGGUCAAGGGCGGCGCGCAGGUGGUUCAUCUGCCGAUGCGCGUCCGGGUGCGUCGCCUUCCGCCGACCAGAGCCGGCCGUUGCUGCGCCUCCUUCAAGGGGGUUCGGACAGGGAAACGGCGAAGGAGCCUGCGGAGAGCACGUCUGGCGUUCCGCGGCCGGGGCCUGCGUCGCUCCAAGUUCAGCAACAUGCAACGCAGCACAUGAAAGAGCUUUUAGGAAUCAAGACUGCAGCAUCUGCAGCGUCUUUGACGGGGCAGGGGUCAGGCGGCGAGAUCGCUUCGGCCCGUUCCGCGGCUGAGCGGCCUGUAGGAGAGGCGCACCCUGGGAGGGGAGACGACACCCAUAGCGUUCCGCAGACGAGCGCGGCGCAGACCGUUGAGAGAGGCGCCUCAAACAUCACUUCGCUCAUCAAGCAGCUGAUGAGUCGCGACACGCCGAAUCCACAGCACGCAGCUGAGCCGAUAGUCCAGUCUUUUGCGCGCAUGAAUCCACCAGCGGCCGUGCCUGCACGCGAGCAAACGGUAGAGAGCAGAAGCGUCAGUCAGAAACCGAGAGCCGCCGACGCAGCUCGGCACGUUUCUCAAAAGCCGUGCGAAUAUGCGACGCACACUCCCGCCACCCCGGGACUUUUCCUCGACUCGAGAACGCCUUGCACGGCGAGCUCCGGCGCGACGAGUUGCCCGCCGGCCACGGCGGGGACGCCUGCGGCCAGCGGAGCGUCGCCGUCGAUGGCGCAGCAAGGCCGGAACUUGCUCGACUUGCUCAAGGGGAAGGAGCGGUCUCGAGGAAAUCUGUCUACGCCCGAGAAUCGCGAGCCGGCAGACGGCGCGGCCGGGGCAUGCGUCGAAAAUGAACCAGACACAAGUAGACGGGAUGAAGAAGACGAUGAAGUCUUGCUGCGCACCAGUGUGCUGCCGUGUCGUUCCGCGGCCUCGGGUGUAUGUACAGCCGGAAGGCGCGGAACGCAGGCGGGUGGUCCCUCUGGCGGCGCCGCGAGGUCAGGAACUGCUCGGAAUAGUGCGAUUUCUACGGGGAGAGGGCGUGGGGCUGCUGGCCGGGGUUCAAAUGGCUUUCGCGGAUCGCAGAGGCGGUAG